AUGGAAAUAGACGACAUCAGGGCGCUGUCAGAUGAGGAGCUCGACCAGGAGCUCGAAGAUACACACAGGGCGCUCAUGAACCUGAGAUUUCGAGCGGCUACGAUGCAGUUGGCAGAUAUGAAUGAGGUGCGGAGGGCGCGCAAGCGUAUCGCCCGCAUCAACACUGUGAUACGAGAAAGGGAGCUUGCCGCAGGCGCAGUAUGA